UAUCACAUCACUUGGAUAUAACUUAUCAUGGCAGGAUUAAAUCUCAGACUCUACCUUUCGUUCCUUUUAUUUGUCUUUUGCCAAUAUCAAGUAUAUUGCACUUGGUGGUUCAUAAGUCAGUUGCCUAUCCACUCGCUCAGUACAGGAUUUAUAUGUGACAAUAUACCAGGCUUAGUAGGAAAGCAAAGGAGACUGUGCCGAAAAUACCCGGACGUCAUGAUAAGCAUUAGUGAUGGGGCACGGCUCGGGGUCAAAGAGUGUCAACAUCAGUUCGGGAAGAGCCGGUGGAACUGUAGCACAUCUGAUAGAGAUUCAACUGUAUUUGGUAAACUCAUGUUAAAAGGCAGCCGAGAGGCAGCAUUCGUAUAUUCCGUGUCCUCCGCGGGCGUUGUCCACGCAACAACCAGAGCCUGCAGCAAAGGAGAGCUACAAAACUGUGCCUGCGACCCGCAGAAAAGGGGCAAGAGCCGAGACAGGAGAGGGGAGUUUGAGUGGGGAGGAUGCAGUGAUAACGUUCGUUAUGGUUGUGAAUUUUCGAGGAUGUUCGUGGAUGCGAGGGAGAAGAGGGUUCGAGAUGCGAGGGCGCUGAUGAAUCUCCAUAACAACAGAGCAGGCCGACGGGCUGUCCAAAAGUUCAUGAAACUCCAAUGUAAAUGCCACGGUGUGAGCGGAUCGUGCGCAAUCAGGACGUGUUGGCUGGCAAUGAUGGAGUUCCGCAGGGUCGGACAGUAUCUAAAAACGAAAUACAAUGGAGCAACACAAGUUAUGAUGAACCAAGAUGGAACUGGGCUGAUCGUUGCCAACAGAAACCACAAGAGGCCCACGCGGUCAGAUUUAGUGUAUUUCGAGUCGUCGCCGGAUUACUGUCUCAAAGACCCCAAAACAGGGGCCCAUGGUACCGCCGGUAGACAGUGCAACAAGACAUCUCUCGGAACCGACGGAUGUGACAUCAUGUGCUGCGGAAGGGGAUACGAUACCUUCACUGUCAAACAAACUACUCAGUGCGAAUGUAAAUUCGUUUGGUGUUGUCAUGUCAAGUGCAAAGAGUGCGCCGAAUGGGUGGACAUUCAUACAUGUAAGGGGUCAGUCCCAACAGUAGCCCCUGAUGCUCCAACGCCAGAAAAAUACUUAAAGAAGCCAAUGCGAAAACGGAGAGCAAUUGUUCGCGCUCUGACGUAAAGGACGACAUUUUGAACAUACAGGACUCGUAAUCGUCCAGAUGCAAGGUGGUAUUUCGAGACGAAUUCCUCCGAUUCGAUGCUGUGGUUUGAAGGCAUUGAGAAGGAACCAAAACCGGAAAGAUUGUCAUAGAUGUGUUAGCAACGCUUGCGCUGGCAUUGGCCACGAGGCGCUGUCCUUCGAAGCGAUACAUUACUGAUUCACGAAAAAGUGGCCUCUGGCCCAGGGACGUAUUGUGUAGAAGAGACUCUGUGUACCAGAGUGAACUUGUGCGAAAGAAGCACAUGGGUCUACACGCUUAACCCAUCGCCAUCGUACGCACAAACGUCCACGAUCUCCUUGUAAAAUACUAGAGACUUCUUGAGGUGCACCCAUAGUGCUAGUAUGGUGACACUAUCGAGAUGGCAUAAUGUUUACCUGGACUGGGGCUUUUUGGAAAGUGUACAUAUCAAAGACAUUAUUUAAGUUGUCCGUUGAGCUGUAAAUAAGUGUGUCUGUCAUGCAUUUAUCAUGUCCAUGAAGUAUCUUACCAGUGAAAUGUAUACAUUUUGUUGUUCAGACUUUAUUGUGUGUGUGUGUCUGUAAAGGUUGAUGACAAUGGACACAACUGCAGAUGGAAUUGUGAUCAGGGGGGCAGUCAGUAACAGAGAGUACCCUAUAUGUGAGGUGCAGUACUCUUGUGAAUCAUCAACUUUGUAUAAAACAGCAAUACUCUGUUAAAUGCCUUUAUUGCGCCACACACAUAAUUAUCAAAUUCUGCAGCGCAUACCCCAAUUCUGGCACUGUAUCAUUUUGUACAAACUAUCCUUCCAGAGUAGCUGCCUAUGGGCAAAAAAAAACUGCGUAAACGAAAGUUAUGGUUACAGAAGUCAGACAUCAUACUGUCCGGUUCCAUUUGGGACUCUGGAACCAGACUCUGAUGUUGACCAAGUGCAUCUUGAUAACAAAUGUCAAAAGACAACAAGCUGCCAAGUACAUAACAAACCUUACAUCCAAGAUUCAAAAUCUACACAAACGGGGCUAAUAUAUCAUGUUUGGUAUUUGUGGGGACAAGGGUUGCUGUCUCCUGAACCCUCAUAUGGGGAUUGCCAAAAUUGAGUUCUUUUCGUUGUAAUUAGCGAAUUCCCGUUUGGUUAUCGCAUGAUUGAUUGAACGUCCCCAAGGGAAAGCAUGACAUCAGAAACUGUCUGUCAUAUCCAGCUGAUUCGGCUCGUCUCUGAUUAAUCAAUGGGUUCUAGGGACCCGAAUCUUUGAUUUCGGACUUGGGCCAGUAAAUUUCUCUUUCCAGUAGUAGGUCUGUGAACCUUUCCCUUCUACUGCUGCGACGAGUAUCAAACCCUGCAGUUCCUCGGUUAACUAGCAGACAAGAUAUUGUUUUGACGCACGUCACGUGAAGAUCACAGCAAAUCGCUUGUUAGCGCACUGCUCAGAACACAAGUUAAUGAACGCUGAGUGGGUCCCCUGAAGUCUCUUGUACGACUGCUCUGUUCAUUUUCCGCCAGUGGUCAUAUGUAAAACGGAUUAUCUUUAAUACUAAAUAUGUUACAGCGAGCUGAUUAGACCUGUUGGAAGACCUUGGUGUGCUAGUCUUCCCGCUGACCACUGGACACUUGACCAGCUUCCGUGGUAUCAAACGAAGGGGUAGACAAGGAACUUGUACCGUGUUCAUACUGUCAGCGAAACAUAUUGAGUUACCUUGCACUAUGUUAAUUUCAAAUCCACCGUCAGACAACAAGACAGGCUGUGCCAUUUCAUUGUGCUUCUUCUGGAGGAACUUUUUUCAUCGAUGAUACGUCAGUUAGAAUCACGCAUUCUUAAGCAUCAGUUUCACCCAGAGGUAAUCUCACAGAAAUGCUUGUUGAGGAAGAACUCUGAACCAAUGCUUGAUUUGGUUUCAAGGCGGGCGGU